UUGCAGACUUACCUGCAGAAUACAUCAUGUUGGUUAUCGUCUUUCUUGGUCUCCUGGCUGUCGCGCUCAGCUCUCCUGACAACUACGUUGCUCGAAUGUUUCAAUAUUUGGACGACAACAAGGAUGAGGCUAUUGGGUUCAGUGAAUUGUUUGCCAACUAUCACAAUGAUGACGUGGACGGAGAUGAACUGAUGACCCUUGAAGAAUUCGCCGCUGGACCACAUCCCGGUUCACCCCCUCUUGAAGUCGGGAAAGCUUUUAAAAUCUUCGACAAAAUGGACGGACAGGAAGACGGCUUCAUCCGUCCGUCUUCUGCUGAAGCCGUUUUCAAAAGACUGGACGGCAACAACGAUGGAAAACUCACACGUGAAGAAAUCAAACAGGAAUUUUCUGCCGCUCUUCAAGAAUUACAAGCACAGGCCUAGGCGAACUACUAAGUGACAGCCUGGUAUGACCCUGCAUGAAGAGACUAUUAAAAGUUCAACUUUCU